AUGCGGCUUUUCAAGACUUUUAAUGUUUUACUUUUGCAUAACGCUGCAGCGCGUAUGUCGGCUGCUGAAAGCAGCGACGACGGACUCAGAGGACUUCUCGAUGUAGGACUUACAUGCGAAGCCAACCAAGACACCCGAUCAGCUCACAGAAUCGUUGGAGGUACCGAAGCACAGCCUGCUUCUUGGCCAUGGAUCGUCCGAUUCCCAAUGAUGGGCUGUGCUGGUUCCAUCAUCGGCCCACGAACAGUUGUCACCGCUGCUCAUUGCUGUUUCACAACAAGUUUGGGUAUCUACGACUUCGUAGCCGGAAAGCACAGCAGACUGGAUAACUUGAAUGCUGAUCCUUUCACCAGAAGAUACAGAGCUUCUGCAGUGAAGAAACACCCAAGUUACACUAGCAGCACUUUUGAGAGCGACAUUUGCUUGGUAUUUACCAAUGAAGACAUUGACUUCAACGACGCUGUUCAACCAGUUUGCUUGCCAUCCGCACCCGUGGAAGUCCGCCAAGAGAACUGUUAUGUCGCUGGUUGGGGCAGAACAAGCUGGAAUGGAUUCCAGGCUUCCAAGCUCCUUGAGAUCCCUGUCACUAUCUACGACGUAGAGGGUGAGUGUAACCCUAACUACAGAGAGAAUGGAAACACCCCGCUCAUUGAAGACGUAAUGAUCUGCGCCGGAAAUAUGGAUGGUGGCAUCGACGCGUGCCAGGGAGACAGUGGUGGACCGCUUGUCUGUCUCGAGGAGGGAAAUCCUGUCAUGCACGGUGUUGUCAGUUGGGGAGUCAAGUGCGCUCUCGCUGAUUUGCCCGGUGUCUACACCAGAACCACUGCCAUGCUCGACUGGAUCCAAGCCAUGCAAUUCGAAGUUUUAGGCGAACCAGAAACUGGAACUGACGAAAUUCUUUACGAACAAGUCGCAAUUGAAGGUGGAUUAACUGGCAUGUCCUGUCUCGAAACCGAAGAAACUCGAAUCAUGGGAGGGCAAGAAGCUACUUACGGAUCUUGGCCUUGGAUGGGUCGACUUGAGAAGGGUUGCUCUGCUACUAUCAUUGGGCACAACGUUGCCUUGACUGCUGCUCAUUGCUGCCAAGAUCAAGGCUUGUGGUCAUAUGAUAUCCAUGUUGGAGCACAUCAUUCCUUCGAGACGAAUGCCGACAGCUGGCGCGAUCAUGUAUGGGCGACAAAGGUAGUGCCUCAUCCUGAUUACGACCAAGUCACAAAGGAUAAUGACAUUUGCCUGAUCUUCUACCAGCAAUCUUUCAACUGGUCUCAAGGAGUUCAACCCGCUUGUAUCCCAUCGGGUCCUUCUACCUCUGGCCGGAAAUGCCAUGUUGCUGGAUGGGGUGCAAAGAGCGCUGAUCCGAGUGCCAGCGGCUCGCACGUUCUUAUGGAAGCCCAGAUCAAUAUCUACAACAGCGAUCAAGAAUGCAAGCCUGCAUUUGGCGCAAGUGAGGAGGCUUCUGCUGAAGGCGACGUUACUGACAACAUGAUCUGCGCUGGAUGGAAAGAAGGUGGCGUUGAUGCUUGCAAUGGGGACUCUGGUGGACCUUUGGUUUGCGUGGAGGACGGCAAGCCCGUUGUAACUGGUAUUGUCAGUUGGGGCUUCAAAUGUGGUAUCCCUAACUUCCCCUCGCUCUACACCGACGUCAGUAAGUACACAGACUGGAUCAGAAAGGAGAUCGAAGAGUCAAACGGGUGUGAUAAAGACGACCUCGCCAAAAUUCCUGGCGUAACCGGAGACGGUGAAUGGGUCUGCGACGAGACCGAGUGCACCUGGACUUGCGAGGACGGGCAUGCCACGGAUGCUGUCACCAAAUGUUCCAAUAAACAAUGGACCGCACUUACCACUGCAAUGAGAAAAACUGCCAGAUGCGACAGGUGUAACAUCGACAUUUCGUCCGUCAAAACGUCUGAAGCCGCCCCUGCCGCACAAUUGGAUUGCUCGUUUAGCCGAUCUGUCAAAACCUGCAAACUGAAGUGCCUUUCGGAAGACGGAACAUUCGGCGAUACUAAUACUGAAGUUUUCUGUGACCGAUCAAAAGCCAAGAAUAGAUUUUCUCCCGUCAGAGGAAAGAGUGGAAAUCUCAGCUGUGUCCCACUUUGUGACCGAAAUGCUGUCUUUGAGCAGGUUCAAAAGAAAUGGGGAGAUGAUUUCGUUGCCGAAAACUUCAAAGACAUGACAUCCAAGCACCCAGUCUUCACCAAGAUGAAAUGCAAUAAUUCUAACAAGGUCUCAAAGAAAACCUUUAUCCGAUGCUCUGUCAACAGCAAAGGAGUUGAAAAAAUCAUCAUCAAGGGUGAUCCAAAAGAUCCUAAAUGCUAA